AUGGUGAGGCAAGCUGAAGAGGUAGCACAACAGAUAACCCAGCAAGAGCAGCAGGCUCCACUGGCGGUGCAAGCAGUGAAACAAAAGAGGUUCGUGAAGAAAGGAGGGAAACCGCAGGGAGAGAGGAGCGGAGGACAGCGGCACGGCUACCAAGGGGAGAGCAAGUGCAAUCGAGAUACAGCAGUGGAGAUGGGGCUGGUUAAGCGAGUACAGCAGGUGAAGGCAGCAGCCGUCCACCAGGGCACGAUGAAGACCGACCCGGUGAAGAUACACCUACGUGACGACGCCGUGCCACACGCCGUACACACAGCCAGGAGAGUCCCACUGCCACGCCUUUCGAAAGUCCAAGCUGAGCUACAGCGCAUGGAGGAACAUGGCGUGAUUGUCAAAGUGACACAACCGACAGAAUGGUGCGCGCCAAUGGUGCCAGUCCUGAAGCCGUCAGGCGCCGUCAGAAUCUGUGUAGGGCUCCAGAAGCUGAAUGAGAACCUGAAGAGAGAAACUUACCAGCUACCUACCACAGAUGAGACGCUGGCUAAGCUGGCGGGCUCCACCGUGUUCACAUCCCUCGACGCUGCCUCAGGCUUUUGGCAGAUACCGCUUCACGAAGAAAGCAGAAUUCUAACCACAUUCAUCAUCACACCUUUCGGGAGGUACUGUUUUACCCGCCUUCCGUUUGGGAUUAAUAUAGCCCCAGAGAUAUUCCAGCGCAAAAUGCAUGAGCUGCUAGAUGGCCUGGAAGGAGUCGCAGGGUAUAUGGAUGACGUGAUUGUGCAUGGAAAGGACAAGGCCACACAUGACAGACACUUGCAAAGCACACUCGAACGUAUGAAGCAAGUAGGCCCUAAGCUGAAUGAAGAAAAAUGUGUUUAUGCACAACCACAGCUACGCUUCCUGGGCCACAUCGUGGACGCCAACGGGGUUCGAGUGGACCCAGAAAAGGUGAGCGCCGUCAGAGAGUUGGAUGCGCCCACCAAUGUACAUGAACUGAAGCGUGCAUUAGGCAUGAUAAAUUACAUGAGCAAAUACAUACCAGACAUGGCAAAUGUCGCAGGCCCACUGUACGAUCUCCUAAAGGGGAAGAUGGCCUGGACCUGGGACCAGCCACAGCAGCGAGCGUUUCAGCGCUUGAAAGAAGCCCUCGUCACCUCGCCUGUACUGGCCCACUAUGAUCCACAGAGACCGACCGCAGUGUUAGCGGAUGCGAGUAGCUACGGGAUGGGAGGAGUCCUGCUCCAGCUGCACGGAGAGAGCUGGAAGCCUGUAGCGUACUGCUCCAGACGAUUAACGGACGCGGAAACCAGGUACGCUCAAAUCGAGAAGGAAUGUUUGGCAGGAGUAUGGGCCUGUGAGCGGUUCCAGAAGUACCUGGUUGGCAUGGACAAAUUUAGACUCAUAACAGAUCACAAGCCGCUGGUACCGCUGAUAAACAGCAAAGACCUAGACGCGGUGCCUGUUAGGUGUCAGAGACUUUUGAUGAGGCUUAUGCGCUUCAAUGCAAAGGCCGAGUACGCACCGGGCAAAACGUUGGUCAUAUCCGACGCACUGUCACGCAGCCCGCUGAAGGAGAGCUACAGCACUACGGAAGCAGUCAUUGUCUCACAAAGCAAGCUGGACCGGAUCAGGACAGCCACGCAGGAGGACCCACAGCUCCAGCACGUGAGAAAGCUGAUCAGGGAUGGAUGGCCCAAACGAGACGACCCACUAUUGGCUUUAAUGAGCUACCGCGCCACCCCCACCACAUCCACAGGAGUGAGCCCGGCAGAAAUGCUCAUGGGGCGUAAGAUUCGCACCACACUGCCAUCUCUAAAGAAAAACCUCAUUCCAAUGCAGCCAAACCGUGACCUCAUCCGUCGCCGUGAUGAAGAAGCCAAACAACAGCAGGCAUUCUACUAUAACCGGAGACACGGAGCGAGGGACUUGCCACCCUUGCACACAGGUGACCACGUCCUGUCCAAGCUGGACGGGGAGAAGGUGUGGAAAGGUCGAGCAUCGGUGCAGCAGGAGUGCGGCACGCCGCGCUCAUACCAGGUGAAGUCGCCAGGAGGAGGAGAGAUGAGGAGAAACAGGCGUCAUCUUCAACAAGUGCCGCCACCGAUGGAAGAGGAGAACACAGACUCUGGGCAACCUGCCACAGAGCCAGAGCAAGAAGCACCACAACACGGCUCUGACCAGGGACUGUGUGAGAGUAAUGUUAAGAGUCCUGCAGUAAUAUCAGAAGGACUGACAGUGACCAGGUUUGGUAGAGUUAGUAGACCUGUGAAAAGAAUGGACAUGUAG